CAGAGGGAGUAACCGUGUCUCUGUCUGUAUCUGCAGCUGUUUCUUCAUUGUAAAAGUUUUUUUUUUGUUCUGAACACGUGAGAAAAAGGAGAAGACAUUUUUGUGAGAAGCUGAACUGUAGGACUCUGUCCAUGUUCGUCAGGAUGAGAUCAGUUCCAGUUUCUCUUCUCUUGCUAAUUGUUUUCGUCAUUCGCUCUGAAACAUGGAGUCCACCAGAUUAUGAGGUCCCAUCAGCCAUUGAACAGCAGGUCCAGCAAAUACCAAGGUAUCCAUUCCCACGCGUCCCCACAGCCCCCACAGCCCCCACAGCCCCCACCAUAGAGGCCACCAGUCCCACCUACACGGUCCCUAAAGCACCUGAGAAAGAGGAGUUUUUGGAUCCCAAGUGCAGAGAAAAGAAAUUUACUCGUUCAUCAUGUGACCUGGUGUUUUGUCCUCCAUGGGAGCGCUGCGUUGACGGAGAGUGCUCCUGUAAACCACCCUACCUGUGUCCCAUUGACAAUGUCGUCCCAGUUUGUGGGCGAACACAUCUGAACUACCGCUCCUACUGCCAGGCGAUGGCUGUCUCAUGUCGGACCAAGAAACCCGCCAUGUCCCACUUUGGGGAAAAUUGCGAUGAAAGUGAAGUGAGGUUCGAAGGUUCGAUAGACACAGAGACACGAGUCGUCAAGAUCUUCAUUCCCAACAAUAUUGGAGAUGGGGAGGAGUUACUGGUUUGUGAAGACAUGUGGGACAUGGCAGCUGCUAACGUGGCCUGCAAGGAGAAUGGCAAGCCACUCGGGGCAGCGAUCGCUGAUUCCGUCUCAUACUCUUCCCUGACAACUGGCCGUCCCUAUGGGCAGGUCCCAGAAAGGUGUGUUAGCAUCCGCUGCCAGGGUUACGAGACUUCCCUGGCUGAGUGUGUCAUCUACAAGAAGACAAAGAUUGACAACGAGAGGGUCGCCACGGCAACCUGUUAUGAGAAAUCAAAGGCGCCAGAAAAGGAGAACUGUGAGCCUGAGUUCACAUGUACAAACAGCAAGUGUGUGUCUCUGAACCAGACAUGUGACGGAGUUGACGACUGCGGCGACCGCAGUGAUGAAAUGUGCUGCAAAAAAUGCAGGAAUGAUGGUUUCCUCUGCAAGACGGGCGUGUGUUUGCAUAAAGAAGCAGUCCAUGAUGGACAAAGGGACUGUCUGGAUGGCGAGGAUGAAUUAUCAUCUGUGGGCAAAAAUGAAGAGGAGGAGAAAAGAGUACUGCAAAACUUAGAGCACGUCUCUCCCAAAGAUGAAAUAAAGAAGGACAGAGAGAAUCUGGAGUCCAAGUUAAAGUGCGGCGUUCCCAAUAUGGACAUAGUGGACGACGAAGUGCACGAGCGAGGAGUGAGAGUCAAGAGAGUGGUGGGAGGACACCCGGCCAAACCGACUCAGAUCCAGUGGCAGGUUGCUCUAGAGGAGCGCGGCAAGAUUGACUGUGGAGGAGCUUAUAUCGGAGGCUGCUGGGUCCUCACUGCUGCUCACUGCGUCAGACCAAACCCCUCAUUAUACAGGGUAAAGUUUUCUCUCUGGAAGAAGGCCAAAGCUCAGGACACGACUGACAUUGUUCCUGUUGAAGAAGUUAACAUCCACCCCAAGUACAACGCCAGCUCCUAUGAAAACGACAUUGCUCUGGUGAAGCUGCAGAAGCUUCCGUUCAAGGAAGAAUGUUUUGAGGAGAACCCGGCCAUCAGGUCGGUCUGUCUUCCCUGGUCCCCUGAACUCUUCAGACCCAACCACACCUGCAGCAUCUCCGGGUGGGGACGAACCGCUGAUGGCAAAGCAUCUCAGGUGUUGCUCUGGGCCAACGUCUCCCUCAUCAACAACUGUGAGAGAUACUACGCACAUCGCUUCAAACCAGGCAUGAUGUGUGCAGGUGAUCUGGCUGGCAGUGUGGACUCUUGUCAGGGGGACAGUGGAGGUCCUCUGGUUUGUGAAGAUGAAUUGGGUGUUUCCUACCUGUGGGGCAUCGUCAGCUGGGGAGAGCAGUGUGGUCAGCCAGGAUUCCCCGGAGUUUAUACACAGGUGGCUGAUUACUUUGAUUGGGUCAGACUUUAUACAGGUUGGCCUGAAGUCACCAAGUUUAACUCCUGAUGAAGUGAACACACACACAUACACACAGUUGUACUGUACUUCUUCAAUGACCAACCAAAGUAUGACUAGUGGUUUUUUCUCAGAUGUUUCACAUUGGCUGCAGCUUGUGUGAUGAUGGAAACUUUUCUUUACUGUGAAUUGAUCAGUGGCAAAAGCAAAAGUGUUUUCAUUUUCCAACAAUCACAGACUUUAAACAGCCCAGUUUUUGUUUACGCAUUGUAUUAGUAAUUAAAUACCACUUGUGUCCAAUAAAAUGCCAGUGAAAUAUA